AUGAAAGAAAAAAUUAAAGGCUACCUAUCUACCAUAAACAUUUUUGUAUUUACCCUAUUCAUAUGCGUAUGCAAAACCUACAACCAUAGUACCUUUACGAAUGGCCCUUUAUGUAAGAAUCCCUUCUUAGAGAACGCGCUAAAGCCAAGAUGCAAUCGAAUAAUAGCAAAGCACGACCCUUCAAUGCCAUUAUUGGCAUUAAAUGGGAAAUAUGCUAGCACACAAAGUAUAGUUGCGGCAAAUGAAGCGCUCAUGAAAAUUGAAAAAAAGAAGAAGGAGCAAGUAGACAAAAUAAAGAAGGAACACGAAAAGGAUGUACAAAAGUUGAAGGAAAUAGGAAAGGAGCUGAGAGAGGCAGAGUUGAAAGUUGCCCAAAAGAUUAAAGAACAGGAAGUUAAGCUAAGGAAAGAAGAAGCAAAGGCUGAAAAGAAGAAGAAAGAAAAAGAGAAAAAAUUGAAAAAGGAAGCAGAAAAAGCAGAAAAAAAGAGGAAAGAAAAAGAGGAUAAAUUGAAAAAGGAAGCAGAAAAAGCAGAAAAAAAGAGGAAAGCAAAUGAAGAGAAAUUGAAAAAGGAAGCAGAAAAAGCAGAAAAAAAGAGGAAAGCAAAUGAAGAGAGAAUGAAAAAGGAAGCAGCCAAAGCUGAAAAAUUGAGGAAAAAACAAGAAAAGAAAUUGAAAAAGGAAGCUGCAAAAGCUGAAAAAAAGUUGAAAGAACAAGAAAAAAAAGCUAAAAAGGAAAAGAAAAAGGCUGAAAAGAUGAAGAAGAAUUUAGAAAAGGCUGCAAAAAAACAGAAAGCGAAAGAAAAUGAAAUCAGGAAGAAGGAAGAGAAAAAUUUAAAGAAGAAGAAAAAAGAAGAAGCUAAGAUGAAGAAGGAGCAGCAAAAAGAACAAAAAAAAAGAAAGGAGGAGGAAAAAAAAGCAGCUGAGAAUAUGCGCAAGGAACAAGAAGUGGCUGAGAAAAAAAGAAAAGAAGACGAAAAGGCAGCUGAGAAAAAGAAAAAAGAAGACGAAAAGGCAGCUGAGAAAAGGCGCAAGGAACAGGAAGUGGCUGAUAAAAAGAGAAAAGAAGAAGAAAAAGCAGCUGAGAAAAAGAGAAAAGAAAACGAAAAAGCAGCUGAGAAAAAGAAAAAAGAAGACGAAAAGGCAGCUGAGAAAAGGCGCAAGGAACAGGAAGCGGCUGAGAAAAAGAGAAAAGAAGAAGAAAAAGCAGCUGAGAAAAAGAGAAAAGAAGAAGAAAAAGCAGCUGAGAAAAAGAGAAAAGAAGAGGAAAAGGCAGCUGAGAAAAAGAGAAAAGAAGACGAAAAGGAAGCUGAGAAAAAGCGCAAAGAAGAGGAAGCAGCUGAGAAAAAGCGCAAAGAAGAGGAAAAGGAAGCUGAGAAAAAGCGCAAAGAAGAGGAAAGCAAAAUGGACCAGAAUGUAGUGGAUACACAAAUGAACAUGGGUGUAGAUCAGCCUGGAUUAAAGAGGCAAAUUGGAGGACUCCCUGAAAAAGAAGAAGAUGAAUCAUCCAGUACAGGGGAAUAA